UCUCCUCCCCUCCUUCAACUUCUUCUGAGCCCUCCCAAUUGCGUACUGUCUGUCCUUGUUCAUCUUUUGAUCAAAUCGAUUUUGGAUUCGAAGAUGAUGCAAGAUAUGUGGAAUGCUCCACCGGGUUUCAGACCCACCAAAUCUGCUCCUUCCUCUCCGGCCAAGCCUCUCGGAAUUUCGAGGACUCGGUCCGAGUCGUUCCACAUCACUCACAAGGUGCCAGUGGGUGAUUCCCCUUAUGUCAGAGCCAAGAAUGUUCAACUAGUGGAUAAGGAUCCAGAGAGGGCUAUUCCUCUGUUCUGGGCUGCCAUUAAUUCCGGGGACAGAGUUGACAGUGCUCUCAAGGACAUGGCUAUUGUGAUGAAGCAACAGAAUAGGGCUGAGGAAGCCAUUGAGGCUAUCAAGUCUUUGAGACAUCGGUGUUCGGAUCAAGCACAGGAGUCACUUGAUAACAUUCUAUUGGAUCUUUACAAGAGAUGUGGUAGAUUGGAUGAUCAAAUAGGACUAUUGAGGCACAAGUUGUUCUUGAUUCAACAAGGAAUGGCUUUCAAUGGAAAACGAACCAAAACUGCUAGAUCUCAAGGGAAGAAAUUUCAAGUCUCUGUGGAACAAGAAGCCACUAGAUUACUGGGUAAUUUGGGAUGGGCUUUGAUGCAGCAGAACAACUACAUUGAAGCCGAAGACGCAUACAGGCGGGCACUAACAAUAGCACCAGACAAUAACAAAAUGUGCAAUCUCGGAAUCUGCUUAAUGAAGCAAGGAAGAAUCACGGAGGCUAAGGAGAAUCUCCGGCGAGUCAAGCCAGCUGUGGCUGAUGGGCCAAGAGGAACAGAUUCUCAUCUCAAAGCCUAUGAAAGAGCACAGCAAAUGCUCAAGGACUUGGAGUCUGAGAUGAUGAACAAGGGUCUGGACCGGGUUGAGCAGAGCCGGCUUUUCGAUGCCUUCCUUGGGUCCUCAUCGAUUUGGCAGCCUCAGCCUUGCAGAGACAAUCAUCACACCACAUUGCCUCCAAUGGAAUCUGCCAAAAUCGACGAGUUUGCUGAUGAAAACAUCAAUUCCUUGCUGCUAACUCAGCCCAGACCAACCAAAGUACUGCCUCCUCUUGGAAACAACAACAACAACAACAGCAGCGCACUGAACUCAUUGAAUUGUGCUGCACAGCCUUUUUACUCAAAGCUCAUUCCUGGCUCAAUCGGGAAUAGUACUGAAUCUCAAUGUGCUGAGACCCUUAAGAGGACUAGGUCUGGGAACGCUGCCAAUAUGAGAGUGACUGAUGCAAUUGAGAUCCCAACAAAGCGUACUGCGGAUCUGGGUGUACCAGAAAACAAGACCCGAAGAAGGCUGUCACUUGAAGAUAAUAAUGAAGAGAACAAGUUGGCUCAGCUGUUGCCUGAUAACAAGGACUUUGAAGACGCCAUCAUUGCUGCCGUGAUUGACCCAACAAAUGAAGCAGGGAAGGCAAUUGGCAAUGUCAGCAAUACUGGGAUGUUUCCAAAGAAGAUUGAGAAGAGGCUCAGGGUAUUCCAAGACAUUACUCUCUCUUUAAGUCCACGGGCAAGGGCCUAAGUAAUUUAAGCUGCAUUAGUCUCUUAUAAUCUAAAUUAAGUAUGUGCUACAUAACUAAUCUAAGUUCAGG